AUGAAAGUUAUAGAGGAGAAACCGGAAGACGAAAUGGAGAGUGAAUCAGAGAGUAAAACACCAACAAGAUGCACCAAAAAAAGUGUCGAAGAAGACUUUCGACCCAUUUGUCAUGGUUGGCUUAUUGUUUGUGAGGGUAAACCAGCCAAGAUGAUGAAUAAAGAAGUGAAGUUGCCAUGGCACGCUGGAUACUGUGUUUUCGAUCCAAGACAGAGUACAAUGAGUUGUUACAAGCAAGAAUAUCCAUUCAUCACAAAUCGCAUGCUUCAAAGAAACCGGACAGUUCGUAUGGAUGGUGAUCGGUCGGCAUUUGCUAAACACUGGGGAUUGUUACCUGAACAAUAUGCCUCGCCAAUUACUGGACCACAUACAAUUGCAAGAUCUUACACACGUCUUCCGAAAGAAAGAAUUUCUACAAAAGAGAGAUUCUUUAGCAUCUCCAGAAUACCAAGCCGUCUGACCAAGUUCUCAACUGUCCGCAGAGUGCCCGUUGAAUUCUUUGGUUAG